UAUAUCCAAGCCUGCAUCGCCAGCUGUUACACACACAGUUCGCAGACAUGGCAGAGGCUAGUGGCCAUCGCCCUCUCUUCUCCACCCAGUCGGCCAGCGGACGAACUGUUUACAAGCUCUUCGCCGGCUCCAUGCUCGUAAGCAUUUGCCUGGUUUUAAUCUACAGAGUGAGUCACGCACCCGAAGCAGGAGAAAGCGGACGGUGGGCAUGGUUUGGGAUGCUCGCGGCGGAGCUCUGGUUCAGCUUCUACUGGAUUAUCACUCAGUCCGUGCGCUGGAACCCGGUCUACCGCACCACCUUCAAGGACAGGCUCUCGCAGUUAGAGGAAGCGGAAUUGCCCUGCGUGGACAUCUUCGUGUGCACCGCCGACCCGGUCGCGGAGCCGCCGGCGAUGGUAGUCUCCACCGUGCUCUCUCUGAUGGCGUACGACUACCCGCCCGAGAAGCUGAGCGUGUACCUCUCAGACGACAGCGGGUCGGAGUUGACGUUCUACGCUAUUUGUGAGGCCGCGCAGUUCGCGAAACGUUGGCUUCCGUUCUGUCGGAGACACCGGGUAGAGCCGAGAUCGCCGGCGGCGUAUUUUUCAGGAUCCGCUGGGGCUUCUGACGACAAGGAACACUCGGACAUGAAGGUAGGACAUGUUCUGUUCGGAUUCAUUUGUAAGAAUCUCAAGUUUUUGUCGUUUCAGAAUCUAUUCAGAGAAAUGGAAAGUCGAAUCGAUGCAGUAUCAAUUCUUGGAAAAGUACCUAAAGAACAAAAAACACACAAAGGAUUCUCGGAAUGGACCUCAGAGAUGACAUCCAAGAAUCAUCAACCUAUCGUUCAGAUUUUAAUUGAUAGCAGAGAGGAAACCUCAGUCGACAUCGAUGGAAUUGUGCUACCCACCCUGGUGUACAUGGCACGGGAGAAGAGACCGCAGCACCAUCACAAUUUCAAAGCCGGCGCCAUGAAUGCUCUGUUAAGGGUGUCCUCAGUGAUAAGCAACAGUCCGAUCAUCCUCAACGCCGACUGCGACAUGUAUUCAAACAAUUCGCAGUCGAUCCGAGACGCCCUUUGCUUCGUCAUGGAUGAACAGCAAGGCCAUGAUGUAGCCUUUGUGCAAUUUCCUCAGUGCUAUGAAAAUACCACCAAGAAUGACUUGUAUGCCAAUGCCUUGAAAGUCCUCUUUGGGGUGGAAUUUAGUGGGCUGGAUGGCUUGGGAGGACCUCUGUACGCUGGAACUGGUUGCUUCCAUAGAAGAAAUGCUCUCUGUGGAACCAAGUACACUACGGAGUACAAGGAAGACUGGAAAAGAAGAACAAAGAUGGAGAACAGAGAAACUGUCUCGAUCCUGGAAGACAGAGCAAAGUCGCUCGCCACUUGCAUCUAUGAACUCAACACACAAUGGGGCAAAGAGAUAGGAUUGGCGUAUGGAUGCGUGGUGGAGGACGUUAUCACAGGACUAAUGAUUCAGUGCAGGGGUUGGCGAUCCGUCUACUUUAAUCCCGAGAGAAAAGGCUUCUUAGGAGUUGCACCCACGACGUUACCACAGACACUGGUGCAGCACAAAAGAUGGAGCGAGGGUGAUCUCCAAAUCGUCCUCUCCAAGUACUGUCCUCUGUUCUACGGCCAUGGGAAGCUCAAGCUCGGACAUCGAAUUGGCUACUGCAUCUACUGUCUGUGGGCUCCCAACUCCAUCCCCACUCUGUUCUAUCUCACAAUCCCGUCUCUGUUCCUCCUCAAAGGCGUCUCGUUGUUCCCGGAGGCAUCCAGUCCAUGGUUCGUUUCCUUCGCCUACGUCGCCGCGGCUAAAAAUGCCUACAGUCUUGUUGAAUCCUUGAUCAGCGGCGAUACGUUGGUGGGGUGGUGGAACAUCCAGAGGAUGUGGAUGCUGAAGAGGACGACUUCAUACCUCUUCGCCACCAUCGAUAACAUGCUGGCGCUGGUGGGGGCUUCCAAGGCGGGGUUCGUGAUCACGGCGAAGGUGGCCGAGCCUGACGACAGUGCGAAGAGGUACGAGCGGGAGGUGAUGGAGUUCGGAACGACGGCGUCGGCGGGGGUGAUGUUUGUGAUAAUUGGGACGACGGCGUUGAUCAAUCUGGCGUGCUUGGUUGUUGGAUUGCAGAGGGCAGUUGCGGAUCAGGCGUUUGGAGGGCUCUUGAUGCAGAAUGUAAUAUGUGGGUUGGUGGUGGCGUUGAAUCUGCCGAUCUACGAGGCGAUGUUCUUGAGGAAGGAUGAGGGGAGGAUGUCGUCAUCAACAGUGUUUGCUUCUGCGGGAUUGACUGUGUUAGCUUGUGCUCUGCCGGUGCUGUAGUUUUUUUUUUUUAUUUUCCUUUUGUUCGCACAAUUCAAAUUUUUUUUUAUCAAAAAUGAUGCUGAACUGAAUUAUCUAAGCACCAUAGUUGGUCUGAUUUCUUCAA